AGAAAAUUUUGAAGCGUCUCCGAGUUCCGAGAGGCCGAGUAUUGGUUUUCCGACAGAUUCGAGCGAUCAAGCAAUAUUCACACACAUUUGACAUUCCGUGGUUCUGCAUUUCUUCUUUUAAAAUUUUUUGAACAUAGUUGGAGGAGAUGACUGAUGGAGGAUGCAGUCCGACGAUGGAUCUGUUGCGGUCGGAGCCAAUGCAACUAGUCCAGCUCAUCAUUCCGACCGAAUCGGCUUACCGAGCCAUCUCUUACCUAGGCGAUCUCGGCCUCUUUCAAUUCAAAGAUCUUAAUGCAGAAAAAAGCCCAUUCCGACGGACAUAUGCUGCUCAGAUUAAAAGAUGUGGGGAAAUGACAUGCAAGCUACGGUUCUUUAAGGAACAAAUGGCAAAGGCUGGCGUAUCACCCUCGACAAGGUCAAUGAGAGACGGAGAAGUAGAUCUGGACUAUCUAGAGGUUAAACUUGCAGAGCUUGAAGCUGAGUUAAUUGAGAAUAAUGCGAAUAAUGAUAAGUUGCAACAUAGUUACAGUGAGCUGUUAGAGUAUAAACUCGUUAUGCAGAAGGUUGGUGAGUUUUUCUCUCCGGCACAAAAAAGCGCAGCAUCUCAACAGAGAGAGCUUGGAGUUCAGAGCAAUUCCGAAGGGUCAAUUGACAGCCCAUUAUUACAGGAACAAGAGAUGACAACGGAAACAUCAAAGCCAAUCAAACUGGGCUUUAUCGCUGGCCUUGUUCCAAGAGAAAAAUCAACGUCUUUUGAAAGAAUUUUAUUUCGUGCUACUAGGGGUAACUUGUUUCUGAAGCAAGCCAUGAUUGAACAUCCUGUACUUGAUCCUUUGUCAGGAGAGAAGGUUGAUAAAAAUGUGUUUCUUAUCUUCUAUUCUGGAGAAAGAGCUAAUAGUAAAAUUCAAAAAAUAUGCGAUGCCUUUGGAGCAAAUCGUUAUCCUUUCACAGACGACUUGAGUAAACAAUUUCAAAUGAUUACAGAGGUGUCCGGAAGACUUUCCGAAUUGAAGACUACCAUUGAUGCUGGAUUGCUACACAGGAGCACUAUAUUGCAGACAAUUGGAUAUCACUGCGAGCUGUGGAGCCUUCUGGUGAAGAAGGUAAAAUCCAUUUAUCACACUUUGAAUAUGUUUAGCAUCGAUGUGACAAGGAAAUGUUUGUUCGCAGAAGGUUGGUGCCCUGUUUUUGCAACAAAUCAGAUUCAAAGUGCAUUGCAGCGAGCAAGCAUGGACAGUAACUCACAAGUUGGCGCCAUAUUCCAGGUUUUACAAGCAAAGGAAUCACCACCUACCUACUUCCGGACAAACAAAUUCACUUCUGCUUUUCAAGAAAUUGUAGAUGCUUAUGGAAUUGCCAAAUACCGUGAGGCAAAUCCUGGUGUAUUCACAAUCAUCACAUUUCCAUUCCUUUUCGCUGUUAUGUUUGGUGAUUGGGGACAUGGUACAUGCUUAUUGCUGGCUACUUUAUAUUUCAUUACCAGAGGGAACAAAUUUUCUAGUCAGAAACUUGGGGAUAUCGUAGAAAUGAUUUUUGGUGGCCGCUACGUUAUAAUGAUGAUGGCACUGUUCUCAAUCUACACAGGAUUGAUAUACAAUGAAUUCUUCUCUGUUCCAUUUGAACUAUUUGGGCCAUCUGCCUAUGGAUGCCGUGAUCCUUCAUGCAGGGAUGCUGGCACAACUGGUCUGGUUAGAGUCCGAAGAAUUUAUCCAUUUGGUUUGGAUCCUAAAUGGCGCGGUACAAGGAGUGAAUUGCCAUUUCUUAACUCCCUAAAGAUGAAGAUGUCAAUCCUACUGGGUGUAGCCCAGAUGAAUGUUGGAAUUAUAUUGAGUUACCGUAAUGCAAAAUACUUUGGAAAUGACAUAAAUAUCUGGCACCAGUUUAUUCCCCAGAUGAUAUUUUUGAAUAGUUUGUUCGGCUACCUUUCACUCCUCAUAAUCGUUAAAUGGUGUACUGGAUCUCAAGCGGACCUGUAUCAUGUGAUGAUAUACAUGUUCUUAAGUCCAACUGAUGAUUUGGGUGAAAACCGGCUCUUUGUAGGCCAGAAGCUCCUUCAACUUGUGUUGUUAUUUUUGGCACUCAUUGCUGUACCUUGGAUGCUAUUCCCACAACCCUUUCUCCUGAAGAAGCAACAUCGAGAAAGACAUCAAGGUCAAUCCUACUCUCUGCUUCAUGCCAUCGACGAUCCUCUUGAAGCAGAACCACAUAGUGACACCGAACAUCAUGAGGAUUUUGAUUUCAGCGAGGUGUUUGUGCACCAACUUAUACACACAAUAGAAUUUGUUCUUGGCGCAGUAUCCAACACAGCAUCAUAUUUACGUUUAUGGGCUCUCAGGUAUGUAGUUAAAACUAUGUUGUUUGUAUAUGUAUACUUCAACGGAUGCAUAGUGACUACAUUCAACAAUGCACAUUAGACCGGGUUUCGAUAAACUUGAAGUUCAUGUGUGACAACACCUACAUGGACCUUGCAACCCGGUCAGACCCUUCAGACAAAUCUGGCCAUAUUAAAAUGCCCAAAAGCUGAGCAUAAUUUAGGUUCAAAGAAACCUUGAAAUGAACGACAUAGAGCAGCAUAUCUACAAGCACCUCCGUCUGACCCCAACCCACAGCACUUUUAUCAUUGUGAUUAGGUCUCCAUAUCCAGACUAUGGCAAAUGGAAAUCUGUUUAUGCCAUUGCAUGUAUCUGGAUUCUGUUCUGAGGUGCUGCAAUGCCUUAAGUAGAAGAAUGACAGUGUCCGAGGUUCAUGUUAGUUAUAUACACACAUCCAACUCUCUCUCUUUACUUCUUUCUUUUAACACUACUUGCAAUAAAUCAUUUACAGCAGAAUAUUUAAAUUCAUGAUAGCAUUAAAAAAGGAUGGUAAUACUCAACCGCAUCAAAGGUUAAACCACCUCGCUGAUGUCUUGUCCAUUGUCUCCGCAAGUUUAUAGGUCUUGGCUUAUUAGCCUAACCUACGACUACGAUAUGCUUCAUCUGCGACUCUUUUCUGUGGGGCUUAGGAGUCAAAUAUCUUCCUAUAGCAAAUGCACAUCAGCAAUACUCCAACGCUCUAAUUUUAAUUUUUGUUUUUUGUGGUUGUUUUCAGCCUAGCUCAUUCAGAGCUGUCUAGUGUAUUUUAUGACAAAGUUCUACUUCUGGCAUGGGGGUAAGCUCUUCGCAGUAGUGUCAGCAAACACAUUAUUUUGCCAUCACAAAAUUCCUUCCAUGUGUUUCUGUGACUUGUGCAGGUUCAACAACAUAUUCGUUCUCAUUAUUGGCAUUACUGUUUUCAUAUGCGCCACUGUUGGUGUGCUGCUGAUAAUGGAAACUUUAAGUGCGUUCUUGCACGCUUUGAGGCUUCACUGGGUAGAGUUCCAGAACAAGUUCUACGAGGGAAAUGGUUACAAGUUCUGCCCAUUUUCAUUUACUUCACUUAAUGAAGAGGAUGAAUCAUAGUUGCCGAAUGCCACUUUGACCAAGUAUGUCAGUUUGCCAAUAGUGGAGCCUGGCAAGUUUCAAGAGGCUACCACCCCUAGCUACCCUGUCUAUACUUGUAGCAUGUUCGUCAAAUGUUUGUAUAAAUUAUGAGCAGACCAUAUGGUUCCAUACAGGAGUUCUGGUACUAUUAAUAUUGCAGAGGAUAACAAUAGGUGGUGCAACCGAUAAUUAGAGUUACAAAGUAAACCCAGAAACCAUAAAAGAACAUGAACGGGGCACAAUUUCCAGUUCCUAUAUAGAGGAUAAUUAUAAGGAUAUGAAACUACAUUUUGACAUAUUUGCUAUUUACACAAACUCCAAAC